ACAACAAGGUCGUAAAUGCUGUGCGCCGGAACUAGAACAGAAUUCAAACUUUUCAUAAGAAGUCAAAGGGCUGUGAUCUGUAAUCUGUGUUGUUAAGUAGGUCUUCAUUUGCGAUUCUCCCGAAAAGCUAAAAUACUUCAGGUUUUAUGUCCGUGGCGUUAUAACUGAAACCAACGGCGAAGUAGUAACUGACAGUUGUUUCAUAGUGAUGUCAGGGGUGACGUCAGCGGUCAGUUGCGAGCCAGAGAGGCUUGGUUAUCGAUUAUAUCUGACAUCAUGAGGGUUUUAUGAGAAAGGGAGAUCAUGAGGUAAUUUUGGACUGGGAACUGUUUGCUGGUAGUGGAGUGCAUGUCGAUGCCGCAGGUGACCGGGAGUAAGAAUGAGGAGGAGGAGGAGGAGAGAAGAAGAGGUGAAGUGUGUUUGGAAGAAGAGCAGAGUCUCAACAGCAGUGACACUCCUCCCUCCACACAGCUAGGGUUAAACUUGAGACAAUGCGGUGGUACCCCAGAGACGAGUCCUUCUCCUUCAGGCUUACUGUCUCUUCCAUGGGAGAUGGUCACACGCAUUGCAUCUCACCUGCCCGCUCAGUGUGUCAUCAACAUCCUGCCUCAGGUGUGCAGGGCGUUGGGGCAGGUGGGUGAGGACACGUCGGCCUGGCAGCGUCGGGCUCAGAGACUUACAGGCCCCCAAAGCUCCUUCCCAGUUGGGCCCAGAAUUCAUUUUGAUUGGCCCACAGCCUGCCUUGAGAUGGAACAGUUGAUUGAAUGGUGGACCAGGCAAGAAGAAACAGCAGAGCUGCCAGAGCCUGGGAUUGAGAUACAGGUGGAAGUGGAUCAGGAUGAAGUUGUACAAGAAGGAGAAGCAGCGGCGAAUGGAGUAGAGCGUGAAGCGGAUGCAGAGAGACAGCCUGCCCCUGCUGAGAAGGAAAUCAGGCCAGAAGAUGAAGAUCCUGAAAUACAAGGAGUAGGAGAAGAACAAGGAAAUAACAUAAUAAUCAUCAGAGAAGAGGAAAGAGAGAAUGCUGAUAUGGAGGACGAACUAGAAGAACGACAACAGGAGCAAGAAGACAGUGGGAUUGAUGUAAAGAUGAACCCCACACCUGCCCUAGAGCACAUCGUGCUCUCCUCAGGCCACAUCGCUGACGUUAACACAGUCCUGCUGGUUGGAGGUGAGGGCUCAGUGUGCAUCUCCGGGUCCAGAGAUCGUAAUGUGAACCUGUGGGACGUGAGAAGGAGCUCGAGCGGGGAGCUGCUGGGCACACUGGGAGCUCGUGGCCGCUAUAACACUACACACCAAGGCUGGGUGUGGUGUCUUGCAGCCAGCGGUGAUCUCCUGGCCUCUGGAUCCUUCGACAGCACUGUGAAGCUCUGGGACCUGAACGCUGGAGGGGCAGAAAGAGGAAAUAUCAAGAGCCGUGCGGCCGUGCUCUCUCUCUCCUGUCAGGAUCACAUGCUGUUUGCUGGGUCACAUGACCAUAAAGUCAGCAUUUAUGACACCAGAGCUGCAGAACCACUGGUCAAAAGCCUUCGUCUCCAUAGUGACAUUGUGCUGUGCCUGGCGUCCGAUGAGCAGUACAUUCUGUCUGGCAGCAAAGACAACACUGUGGCUGUGUUUGACCGCAGAGCUGGGAAAGCGCUGAAGAAAAUUCAUCUGAAGUCUUACUUCUUGUCCAUGUCAUACAGCGGGAGAGAGGUGUGGGCCGGAGACUACCACGGGCUCCUUCACACCUUCUCCAUGAACGAAGGCUCCUUGAAAUCAAUAGCCCAGUUUAAUGUAGGCCACACUUCACUAGUGACGGGUGUGCAUCACUCGCCUGGGACUCUUUACACCUGCUCUUCUGAUCGCACCAUUAAGGUUCACCUUCCAUGUGCUCCUCCAAAGACUCUGUACACGCUUCAUAAUCAAGCAGCAGUGAAUGGGCUAAGUGUUGAGGCAGGAGUUCUGGCUGUAGCCACUGGUGACAUGAAUGUGGAAGUGUGGCGACCCAGACAGUGACACUCGUAGCGGAGAGAGUGUCCAGUGUCAUGCAAAAUCAUCCAAAGGCACACUGCAGUUUACUUUUACGUGUGUGUGCUAACAGAGUAUGUGUGUGUGUGUGUGUUUAUAAUUCUUAUGCAAGGAAUAAAACUUAUGGGGUGUGAUGUUACAGGCAACUAAUCAAUGAUAGGGUUGUGUGAUACCACCAGUUGAUUAAAUUCUAAUUACAGCAUAUCCUGAAGUGUUUUAUUCAUCUUUAUCCCACAGCAGUUUGCCACUGCUAAGAUGUUUUUUAUUUAUUAAUGAAUUGUAAUAAAUUUUAUCUUUGAUCCAGUUAUAGUUAAUGUAAAGAGUUCCUGUUCUCACUGUUCUUUGUUAUAGCAGUGACUGAAAACUUCAGCCUUACCAUCUUUACUGUUUCAAAGCACUGACACUGGAGACUCCGAUAAAUAUCUCCUUAUCUAAUUAUUUGUCACAUUAACAAUUAUAUAUUUUCAUUGUUUAAUAGUUAACAGAUUAUUUAUUAUUAAACUAAAGCCAUUUGGCGCAUUCACCAUGCAAGUGCAUCUGAGAGCAUUACUCACAUUAGUUAUAGAAACAGUACUGUAUUAGAGUGAGUACAUUAUAGAAAAUAAAUCUACACUUUCUGUCUAAUCAGAGUUGUGCAUACAGAGGCCAAAGGUUUGGAUGCAUCACGAAGGCAUCAGAUUUUAGACUAAAUGUCUGCUUCUAGUUGUAUAUACACUAUAUGUUCAAAACUCAAGGUUUCUUCCUCAUACCAUCUAAAGGAGUUUUUCCUUGCCACAGUCGCCUCAGGCUUGCUCACUAGGGAUGAUUUUGUCUAAUAUCUAGGACUUUUUGCACUAUGUUUUAUGUUUCCUAUGUUCUGUAAAGCUGCUUUCAGACGAUGUUCAUUGUUAAAAGCGCUAUACAAAUAAAAUUUAAAUUGAAUUGAAAAACUAUGAUACCCAUAUGUACAUGAUGAACAUCCCAUUCCUUUUAGUGAACCUUCUUAGUGCUGUUAUAAUAACUUCCACUCUUCUGGGACGGUUUCCGAUAGAUUUUGUAGUGUGGCUAUGGAGAUUUGUGCAAAUUCAGGGCAUCAAGCACUGAUCUGGAUGUUGAGGAAUAUUAAAAAAAAAUGAAUAAUAAUAAAAUUAAUGCUUUAUCUGCCACAGUAAAUUGUGCCCAAGUAUUCCAUUGUGGUGCGGCAGUUUAUUUGCUUUAAAACUUGAACAAGACUGCCAUUCAUCCUGCUGAACUGACUGAACAUCUUUUCCUAUUCUCUGACAGUGAAGUAGCUCUUUUUCUUGCAGUGUAAAUUUCAACUCAGCAGAUAUCCCUUCCUUGCUUACUCACUCAUACACAUGUUCUUGUGCACAAUACUAUUUUACUCAGUUCUUGUUUAUCGUGUGUGUGUUUUUCUUUUUUAAAUAUUUAAUAAAGAGUUGUUCAAAACAA